AUGCAGAGGCUGACACUCAGGCGUCGGUUGUCAUACAACACUAACUCCAAUAGGAGAAAAAAGGUCAAGACUCCUGGCGGUAAGUUGGUGUACAUUUAUCAGAAGAAGCUUGGCACCUUCCCGAAAUGCGGUGACUGCAAAUGCAAGCUUGCUGGAAUUAAGCCUUCCCGUCCUAUGACUCGAUCCCGCAUGUCUAAACGACUGAAGACUGUUACCCGCUCCUACGGUGGUAGUAGAUGCCAUGCCUGUGUUCGUUCAAGAAUUCUUCGUGCUUUCCUCAUGGAGGAACAGAAGGUUUUGAAGCAAAUUUUGAAGGAGAAGAGGAAGGACCGGAUUAAACAGGCCAUCGAGAAGCGCAAGGCUGCUGCCCAAUCCGGAAAGAAAGCUGCAGCCAAGGCUGAGAAGCAGGCUGCUGCUCCCCCCAGCGGUAAAUCCAAGAAGUAA